AUGGCUUCACCUGAGAAAGAUUACUCGCCCCAGCCGUUCACGGAAGAUCAUCUGCUUUGGGUGCUGAAAAUGGGUGUUGACCGCAACAACCAGUCAGCCAGUCACGAAAACAUUCAGCUGGUGGGUGUGUACUGCAAAUCAGCGAACGACGAGAAGACUCUACAACAGGACUUGUACGAUUAUUGUCACGGCGACAAGGUUGCCGAACAAAACGUGGUCAAGCACCUGCCACAAAACAACCAAUCUAAGGCCAAGGUGGUCGAUUGCGCUGUCGAGGACUCUGCCAAUAGAGUUGCUUUCUACAUCAAAUUCAUAACGGAAAAGAACGCUGUUGUCGCAGAAAAGCUAAGGGGGUUAGCCGGAUCGGACUCUGUGGCUUUGUACACAGUGAGGGGACGAUCUAUCAAAACACUAGCCAAGGCAGACAGUCCCAAAGGCAUCGGUGAAGAUAUUUAUGUCGAAGAUAACAAUAAUGGAGGCGAUGACAAUAACGAAGAGGAAAUGGUCGACGACGAUGAGGAAAUGAGUGACGAUGAAGAAAUGGUCGACGAGGAACCGCCUAUCCAAAUAGAUGCAAUCAAACUGCUCGGAUCACCAUAUCUCAAUGAGAUUGUUUACACCGGCGGAAUUGAGUACUAUAUUGGAACCGUCAUCAAGACUUUCCUCGAUAAAAAAGCUGCCAUUUUGGAGAUCAGGAAGCAGACUGAACCAACGCCUGGUGAACCUGAGUAUAGGGUUGGACCCGCGGAUGCUAAAGGAGUUAUUGUGGCUAUGACGGCGGGAAAUGGUAAUAACUAUUUCAAGAAUAUGUCUUGGGUCACGAAGGUGGUUGCGAGUGGGUCUAAGCGGGCGGAUGAUUACACUCUCUCUUUUAAGGACUAA